AUGAAGGGAAGGAAAGCCCGGCAGAGAAAGACGAAGCACGAUCACCACUUCGUCCGGCCAAUAUGGACAAAGUGCCACCCCGCGACCUGCCUGUCUUGGGUAUUUUGCCACCCCUCGUCAGUGGCUUUCUGUGCUGUUCGGCCGUCGAUCCCUCCCGAAGACGUCAUCAAGUUGCGGGAGCACAGCCCCUUCCAGAACCACUGCAACGUCCCGGGGACUCGAGCCUCGAGUCUCAGUCAGCCGCUUGUCAUCCAAUGUAUUGAAAAAUUGGAUCCCGUUUGGCAGGAUGUGGUCGCAGCAGCAUGUUGUCGGAUGCUCAUCCAUCAUCCAUGGACGUACAGGACGUCACACGACGUUUCGUGGUGGCUGGCGGGGAUUUGUCGACGGUCUGAAAAGAAUGCCAGACAACAGCCUUUGCCCACAUUGUGA